AUGGAAGAACACAAAUCGACCGUGGCUCGGCUGGCUGCGGAAGUCGCGCGUUUCAGUGCGACCAAAACACCAUUUCGCAUCUACCAUGGUUCUACACUUUCGACGAGGCAAUCGUCGCGCCAGCGCAGUCAAAUCAUUGACGUCAGCUCAUUGAACCAUGUUCUUCAGUUUGACAAAGCGAAGAAGACGGUCUUGGUGGAGCCGAAUGUGUCGAUGGAUCGACUUGUAGAAGCAACUUUGGCACAGGGACUGCUGCCAAAGGUUGUCAUGGGCAAUGGUGAUGUUGUUUGGGCAACAGCGGAAGAACACCGAGAUCUGUUCUUCACAGCUGCUGGAAGUUGCGGAAGCCUAGGCGUCAUUACUCUGGUGGAGAUGGAGCUCAUAGACGCAAGGGAUUAUGUUGAACUGCACUAUAUUCCGGUCACUAGCACACAGGAGGCGGUGCAGGUGCUACGAAAGUACCAGAACGAGCCGGACGUAGAUUACAUGGAUGGAAUCAUGUACUCAAUGACACGGGGUGUUGUGAUGAUUGGACGUCUGACGAACAGCACCGGAAGAGGAAAGAUUCAGAGGUUCGACAGAGCGCAGGACCCUUGGUUUUACAUGCACGCAGAAGAUGUAUUGAUGAUGCUUGAGGGCGAAACGACAGAGUUCAAGGAAACCAUACCGGUGCAAACCUAUCUCUUUCGAUACGACAGGGGAGUCUUCUGGAGCGGCCUGCGCGCUUUCAAGUACUUUGUCACGCCCUUCAAUCGCAUCACUCGCUACUUACUCGACCCAUUCAUGUACUCCCGGACGAUGGUACACGCUCUGCACCGGUCCGGCAUUGCCUCCAGGACCAUCAUCCAGGACUACGGGGUGCCUUACGACGCCGCCGAAGAGUUCGUACAGUGGACAGAUGAAAGGACAGGAAUCUGGCCGCUCUGGCUGUGUCCUGUCAAAUCCGCACCGCGAGACGAGCGCAGCUUUUCACAAGGCAACAACAUCAAAGACGACAUUCUACUGGACGUUGGUAUCUGGGACAUGGGGCCUGCCGAUUCUCACGCGUUCAUCAAACUGAACCGAGACUUUGAGGCCAAGGUCACCGAACUGGGCGGCAUGAAGUGUCUGUAUGCACAUGCGUACUACACCGAGCAGGAGUUUUGGGAUAUUUACGACGAGAAGAAGUACAAGGAGCUCAGGAGAAAGUACCAUGCGGAGAGUUUGCCAAGCGUGUACGACAAGGUCAAGGUUGAUCUGCAGGGUGUUGUAGGAGAAAAGAGGGCGAAGAGGGUGGAGGGCUGGAGUGAAUGGGCGUACAGGCGCUUCUGGGACACAUGGCCGCUUGGUGGGCUGUAUGGGGUGGCGAGCGCUACGAAGGGCCUGCUGGUGCAAAGCGACUUUCUGCUGAAGAAGUAG